AUGUUCCGUGCCGGUGCUGCUCGUCAACUUCGCGCCCUCAGUGGCCUUGGAGCCUCGGUUCCUCGUAGCUCCCAAUUCUCCUCCAAGCUAUGCAACAUCUCGCAAGCAACCCGUCCGCUCGCAAUUGGCAAACCCAUGACUCUUGCCCUGGCACGCUAUGCUUCCCAGCAGGCGCCAAUGGACAAAAUCAACAAAGAGGUGGAAACAAAAUUGGGCAAUGAGAAGCUCCAGGCGGAUCCCGAGAAUGUUAGCAUCUCGUCGUCCACUCACCCCGUCUUCGGUGAGGUCGGUAUGGCCGAGGACCCGCACAAAGACGCCGACAUGAUGGCCGGUGUCAAGAACGAUAUGAAAACCAUCAAGGAUACCUUCUCACUUCAAGAGGUCCCUCGUGAAGCCUACAACCUGGGAAUGGCUGGUGUCCUUCCUUACCUCGGAACUUCUCUAUCCACGGUCUAUUGCGCCUGGGAGAUCAAUCACGCGCACAACACUGGGUCUGGCUUGUUGAUGAGCGAGCACACUGCCGAGGCAGCUCUACACGUUCUCGAGCCUCUGCAGGUCGGAUACGGCGCCGUUAUCAUCUCCUUCCUCGGUGCUAUCCACUGGGGUCUGGAGUUUGCUGGGUACGGUGGACACAAGGGCUACAAGCGCUAUGCAAUCGGCGUUUGGACCCCCGCAGUUGCAUGGCCCACAAUCCUUCUCCCGGUUGAAUACGCUUUGAUUACCCAAUUCGUCGCUUUCAACUUCCUCUACUACACUGACAGUCGCGCCAGCAAGAGAGGCUGGGCCCCUCCGUGGUACGCUGUCUACCGCUUCGUUUUGACAUUCAUUGUAGGCGCCAGUAUUGUCCUGUCGUUGAUCGGUAGAGGCCAGAUCGCAGACCGCAUCAACAAACUGCCCGGCCCCGCCGACAGAGUUCGCGCGCUUCGUGAUGCUCAGGCACAGCAACUCUCCGAAGAAGAGGCUGCCAAACGCGCCAAGGUUGCGAGCAAGGACGAGGAGGACGAUGAUGAGGAGUAG